CGUAUAAAUACGAGCCGGACAAGUCGUGUACAUUGAUUGUGAGAAUUUCUACGUAGUGCAAUAAUGUGGGUUAAGAGUAUUUUUCUAAUCCUGCUCUUGGUUACUAUUACCGUAAAAUCAUUUAGUUCGACUACACCUCUUAUAAAAAAUGUAUACCGAGGGGGGGAGCACUUCGAAGGACCGCACUUUGCAAAAGACGAAGGUGCCCUUUACUGGGUGGAUAUUUCACAACAGAAACUUUAUAGACUUAAUGUGGACACAGGAAAUGUGACAAAGAGGGAUAUUGGAUAUGGACCAGUCAGUCUUGUCGUGAGAGUGAAAGACCACACUCAGUUAUUAUUAGUGUCGGCCAGAUCGGAGCUAUACUUCUUGUCGUGGAACGCGACGGAAAGAGAUACGUCUUUACGACUGCUUAGUGCAGUUGAUAUCGGUUUACCAGACAAUAGAAUUAAUGAUGGAAAAGCUGACGCUAAAGGAAGGCUUUGGUUCGGUACAAUGGGUAACGAAAUAAACGAUCGUGUAGAGAAAGAUCAAGGAACCCUUUAUAUGCUAACGGAUAAUAAUUAUAUAAAUCCACAACCUAAAGUACGCCCUGUAUCUGUUUCGAACGGUAUAGCUUGGACCGCUGAUAACAAGUUCAUGUUUUAUAUCGACUCGCCUACGAGAAACAUCGAUGUAUUCGACUUUGACUUGGAAACUGGCUCCAUUAGAAACAGAAGAAUAUUGUUCAGUUUUCAAGCUAACAAUAUUACUGGCGUUCCAGACGGCAUGACUAUUGAUAGAGAUGGAAAUCUUUGGGUAGCCUGCUACAAUGGUGGAAUGGUUAUAAAAAUAGACUCAAGGGCUGGUAAACUGAUGGAGCAGCACAAGAUACCAGCGAGUAAAGUUACUUCGGUAAUGUGGGGCGGAUAUGACUAUUCAACUCUCUAUGUAACUACCAGUAGUCGCGGUUUAAAUGCCGCGCAAAAGGCACAAGAGCCAGAAGCAGGGUCACUAUUUGCUAUAUACUACACGGGAUCAACGGGAUUACCCGAAAAUCAAUUUGCGUUUGCUAACGCUGAUAAAUAUUAAGAUAUUUAUUUAUAUCG